CCUUGUAGACCUGAUCCACUCGAUGGGUGGAUCCAUCAGGAAGGAUAUGAAUACCAAAGUUACCCAUCUGAUUUGUAACUCCAGCGGCGGCGAAAAAUACCAAUACGCGAUGACCUUCCGGCUGGCCGUGGUCCGUCCGAGUUGGGUGCUGCACGCCUGGCACAACCGUCGGGAUCCGAAUUUUGCGGCCAACGUCGAGGAGGCCACCAAGAGCCACCGGCUGAAGGCGUUCGAGGGGCAAAAAAUUUGCUUCUUCGGCUUUCCGCCGGAGGAGAAACAGCACAUGAUGGAUGUGCUCAGAAUGAAUGGAGGCAUUCCAGCGGAACUGGAAGAUCCCGAAUGUUCGCACGUGGUCAUGUCCAACACGGGUGAGCACUUUAGCGAAGCAAUUCUCCCGAAUGGUAGCAGCUCGCCCAAAGAUAAGAACAACACCUCAUCUUCAUCCUCAUCAUCAUCAUCAACAUCAUCAGCAUCUUCAUCGCCGGUGCCAGCAUCAGUAGCAGGAGCAGAAGUAGGGGAAGCCACCCAGCAAGCAAACGGAGACGGAGCUAUCAACGACGAGAACGAUCCAAACAAUGCUCUGAUGCCGUCAACAGCAGGAGCUCGUGUUGCGGUUUUGGAUUCUGCUGCUGUGGCCAAGUCCGAAAAACAGGAUGCUUUUAUCAAACGGCUCAACGAGUGUCAGGUAGAUGAAACCGAAAAGGUGAAUCCAUUACCGGCACUACCGGAGGAAAGUGAAACCAGCGGGAGCAGCAAUAUCAGCAGCAGUAUCGUUUCCCCCGGCACGGGUGCUGUCAUGGGAGUUGAUUUGAUUUGUAUUGCUGAGAAUGAGAAUAACUUGAACAAAGAUUGCGAACAGCAGCAACAACAAGAGCUGGACCAGCUAGACGUGUCUCCGAUUCGAUACAUUGAUGAGCAUUUGGAAAAUUCCACUCCAAAACAAUCGACACCCGAAAGGAUCACCGAAUUGAAAGAUGGGGUGGUUCUGAUUUCGGGAGAAGAAAAUGAAUUCCUGAAUCCCAACGACAUUUCUCCGAUUUUGAAAAUCAAUCGAAUUGAUGAGUCACUGAAGAAAAUCUCCGAGGAAGACGACGAUUACGAUGACGAUGUAGAUGAUUACAUCAUAGCCAACAAAGAUGCUCUCAAAAGGAGGCGUCAAGAGGAUAGUUUCGACAAUAUUUCCAUUAUGUCAACCGACUCAUUUGCCACCAGCGUUGUCUACGGUUCGGCUAAAAAACCCAAACUGACUCGAACUGGAUCGGUCACUAGCAAACUACGACGCAGCAUGAGUUUUGCUGCGAUCAAAACCCCAAUCGCAACCAUGCUACGUUCGCGAAGAAACUCAGUCGAUCCGAACUCAUCCAUUAGCUCAAUCACUUCAAUUGAGACCACUUUUAAUGAAUCAAUCAAAAAACCGGUCAAGGAGAAGCUUCGCAGCAUCCGCGAUAAGAUUACCAAAAGUAACAAGAAAGAAACACCCAAAUCGAUCAAAACCAAAGGCUUGAUAGCGUCAGCCAAUUUGGACAGCUUGAAAAAUGUUUGCAAAUUUAAAACACCAGAACAGGCGAAAGGCACGGAAAAAUCUGAGGUUGACUUUAAAACCCCGAUAGCUCCCCCACCCUACUCAAGCGGAAACUCAUCAACAAAAUCCAAAUGGAAAAGCACUUUCCAACGGCAUUCGAUGCUUCCGUCUAGCACCAGCACCCAACAGCAACCGGGUGCUCUCUCACUGCUGGACAUUGCCCCACUUCCCGGUUGUGCAGCUGAUCCGGUUGACACCGUUUCGCUAGCUAAGGUAGCAGCCGAACUAAUGCAACCGGAAACCACGACGACUACUUCUUGUGCAAUGUCGUCGUCGACAACCGCAGCAGCAGCAGCAGCAUUAUCUCAAGAGGAACCGGAAGCAACAACCGCCGGACAUAAUCCAGGGGAAACCACCACUGUUACGACGGUGGUCGAAGAACACGUGGUGACAUCCAAACCAGAACCCAAAAAUACGAAAACUCACAUCGUCAAGGCGGACUGGUUCUGGUACACAAUUCAGAAUGGUUACGCCGAUGAGGGCUACCACCUGUUUGGAGACUAUCUAGACAGUAUAGCAAACACUCCAGGGGCAGACCGGAGGGAUUCGUUGCCCAUCAGUUUUAACAAGCGCAAACGGAAGCGUCUAUCGAUCCGGACACCAGCCGGCGAGGGAACUCCCUUGGGAACCGGCAAGCGAAGAUCGUCGGUUUCCGAUGCAGGUUUGCUGUCCGUUUCCGGAAGCUUCCUCGAUUGCACCACCAGCCCCGAUAAACAUGAAGGCAGCAAGAAGAAUCUCAUUGCCGAAUCGGCGGACGCUUCGAUCGACCAACCCAUCAAGAGUCAAUCGAUGAGGCAUAACCACUUUAUGGACUUUUUCCACACUGAAUCCAACUAUGUCGGUAUUUUGGAUACUAUCGUGAAUCUCUUCAAAGUCCCCCUCGAGGAAAUGUCCGAGAAGGAUCCAGAAAAUGCCCUUCUCAACAAGUCGGAACUUAAGUCGAUCUUCAGCAAUUUCCUCCCGAUUCACGACGUUCACAAGCGCAUGCUGAAUCGGUUGAAGGAGAUCCACGGAGCCUGGUCCGAGGACCAUCUGAUCGGCCAGAUCAUCUUGGACUAUCGGGACGAUCUGAUCAAGGCGUAUCCACCGUACGUGAACUUUUUCGAAAAGAUGAAAGAAACGCUGCUCCAGUGUGAUGCAAGCAAUCCGCGGUUUCACGCGUUCCUUAAAAUUAACCAGGCCAAGCCGGAGUGCGGCCGACAGACGCUCCAGGAUUUGAUGAUUCGGCCGGUUCAGAGGUUACCCAGUAUUAGUUUGUUGUUGAACGACAUCUUGAAGCACACCCCCAAAACCAAUCCGGAUAGUAAAAAGCUGGAUGACGCCUUGAAGGCCAUCAAGGAGGUGAUGACCUACAUCAACGAAGACAAGCGCAAAACCGAAGGCCAGUUGGCCAUGUUCGACAUCUUCAAUGACAUCGAUAACUGCCCGCCCCACCUGGUGUCCUCCCAUCGGCACUUCGUAUCACGUUGCGAGGUCACUGAGCUCACCGAUAGCCUGAGCGGCCGGGGCGAUUCGCUGAUCCUGUUUCUGUUUAGCGACACGCUGGAAGUGUGCAAGAAACGAUCACGAGCGUUUAACAACGCUAAAUCCCCGAGCACCAAUGGCGGUUCCGGCGGGGGUCUCAAUUCGACGCGCUGCCAAACGAGCAAACCGUACAAGCACGUCAAACUGAUGCCCCUCAGCUCGAUUCGGCUGGUGGUCAACAUCCAGGACAGCCCGCGGGCAUUCGCACUCAACUGUCGCGCCACCGUCGACAACAAGGAUCGGCUGCACUCGUUCAGCAUCUGCGACGAGGAGAAGGACAAAAUUAUGUAUCUGAGAAGUCUGUGUAAACAGCUGGCGGAAAAUGCUUGUAAAGCUGAUGCGGAAAAGUUCAUGCUCAAUUGCGAAUCCGAGGAGCUGGGAAUCGAUGUGAGCGAUAUCAAUGUGGGAACGCUCUCGAAGGCGUUCAAGUUUGCCACUCGAACGAGAAUAAAGGUUGGUCGGGCGUUUUCGUUCAACAAAACUCCUUCGAAGUUGAAGCGGGCCGUUUCGACGAUGAUGACGUCUCCCUUUGGCAGCACCCAAUCGCUGACUCCGGCCUCCCAGUUGGCCCAGAUGAAACUGGCAAGCUGUACGAACCUAAACGAAGUCGGUGAAGAAGCAUCCGAGAAAGGCACAUCGUCAUCGUCGUCGUCCUCACCGACGGCAUCGGAAAUCCUGGUGGCCCCGAUGUCCGUCCAACCGAUUCGCAAGAACAAAAAUCCCUCCAUGUCAAUAGCGGCUCUGCGACGUCUCUAAUCUGGCUUGGCAAGCAGCAGCAUCACGGUGGUGCGGAAAACGGAAUCCAACCCGGAUGAGGGCGGAAUCAAGAAAGAAAAAUAUCACAAAACCAGUGCAUCGUUACGUCGUCCACCAGAAGAAGGAGCAACUCAACCAGAUUCCAGUUGUUCUUACACCGUCCGCAAAUGACGGCAAGCUGUUCGAGAGUAGUCGUAGGAAAAAAAAUUGUGCCAGCAUCACAUAAUCACAGAAAGAUGUCCUUUCCCGUAUACUUAUAUAUUUUUUCCGUUCGUUACUGAUUUUUUUCUCUGCUACCUCCGGGAAGGUGAAAUUUUUCUUCCUUUCGUUGCCUGGAGAAAAAACCAUGCCGUGGGAGAAAAGAAAAAACCUUCCGCUUUUCAUUCUUUUGGCUUGUCCGGUUGCUUGGUAUUCGGAAACUUCUUUUCAAAUGCUAUACAGGAUUUGCGAUUGUUUGUUCGAGUGUGUGUGUUGUUGUACAGAGAGACAAAAGAAAGAAGAUAGCGGUGGUGCCCGCAGCUUAAGUGUUUUUUUUUCUAAUUGUAGGGACAGGGUUAAGCAAAUGUACAUAUUUUAUUUUAUAGCGUCGCUAAUAUCUAUUAUACCGAGCUUAAAGUUAGCUCUGAAAGAUUUAUUAGAUAAAUAAAGAGAUUUUUUUUUAAAUAUAGUUGAAUAAACCUGUCGGUUUAUGCGAUUUUCACAAAGUAAAAUUAUCAUAAAUCAAUCUAAAGUAAAAGACAAUCAAAUAAGUAUGUUGAAUAGAGUUUGUGGACAAAUAAACUUAUUGAGCAGAAAAAGAGUAAUUCUCAUCGAAUAGACAUAUGGACAUAAAUUUUAACGUUUUCUUGUAAAGAAGAUUGAUAGUUUCUCUGAAUCUUUCUACUUAUUAAUUAUGAACUCAAUUUUGUAUAUUUAGGCAAGCAAAUUAUAGGAUACCUACCAAGAGAAAAUCCAAUAAACUAUUUUUCCCAAAGGUAA